AUGGCGGCGCAAACCAUUCCUAAUUACAGUCGCGAUGUCCGCCAUGGCAAGUCAGGCUCCGGCUCUUCAUCCAACUAUGGGCCAAUCCCUGGGUCACCUACUCUCACAAAUCCCGAUAUGAUCUUGCCCGAUUAUGAUUUCGAUGCCUCUUUCGACCAGCUGUCACAACCACACAUGCCGAUGUGGGACAAUUCUCAAACCACCGACAUGCGGUUUCAUCCGCAAAACCAAUUCAUCGCCGGGCCUAUUUCUCAUCCAACCCCUAUCAUAUAUGGAAACGGAACUAUGCUGUCCGACAUUGGCGAGGUGACGGAAGUAGAGAGCGUUGUGGGGAAAGGGGGACGGCGCGGGUCGGCGCAGUUAUCUGUCUACAGUAACGACGAUCACGUAUUGGGCUCUUCGCAGAUUGCGGGCGCAUCGCGCAUCAAGCCAAGGUCGCAAAUACAGCAGCGCGAGAGAAAAUCUUCACUCGACUCUAACAGCACCAUAACGUCGCACGGUCGUGGUGCGCAGUUUGGUGACUUUGACGAUGCUGUUAGUGUCGACGAUGUUGACUUCCAGGGUGAUGAUGAAGAGAGUAUGGCAUCGUCCUAUGUUGAGGGAACCGCUGCGCGAGAACCCAAGGCUGUGCGCGUGCCUCGUAUCGAAGAUAUCUCAAACCAACGCUGUUCGACCAGUUCUCUGAGUGAUAGGGCCGAGCAGAUUCUGGCCAAUGCUAAGCAAAGAUUAACGGCAAUGGAAGGAAAUCUCUACAGAGCAAAAGGUUCUUUGUAUUCUCCAACGUCCGAUGGAUCGACGCCUUCUCCCCCAAUCGCGCGGCCUGCAACAUCCUUACGGGAUUCUAGUGCAGGCUUGGGCUCAGGACAAGGCCACUCUAGGAAUACAAGCGAAAAUAAGUUUUAUAACGGGAUUGCGAGUCCAACUUUUCUGCAGCGAUCUGCCAGUGCCCUGGGGUCUGCAGGAGGCUACCGUCAACCAUUGACUUCUUCAAGAAGUGCAGAUGCUUUAGGAAUCGGCUACGGCGCUUCAUCUCAGAGGAGCCCUGUAAGUGCCCUUGAUCCUAUGAUGGAAGCCUUGAGCGAGAACGACGGUGGCACGCCCGGGAAUAGUCGACGCAGCUCCCGCCUCUAUAGCCAGCUCAGCCCAGCUUUUGGCUCCAUGACAGACACGGAUAUACCCAGGUCCCCGUCGGUUGCUCAAGUACGUGACCUAAAGCACCAGAUGAAAGAUUUGAGAGGGAAGAUUUCCAGUCUCAAGGAACAGGCCCGGGCCGAUAGUAUGAAGCGACGUAGUUUGCAGAGCCUCAGGACACCCAGUCCGUUUACACACGCAAGAUGGGACCAAGCAUUACCAGAGUCUGGGAAAUCGCAAGAAAGCACGCCUGAUGCGCUUACCUGGCAAGCACCGUGGAAUCCGGACAAUUCUGAUGAGAAAGUCGAUGAUCAAACCUCACCCAAGUUGGAUCCAAAGGAAGCUUCGGAGCUGGAACGAGCCAAGACAGCAGAUAUCGAGUACGAAGACGCUCAUGACACUCUUGAGCUACCAGAUGAACCAUUGACUGAGGAGGCGAAGGUGUCUACUCUAUUGGACAGAGCACUCAAUCCUCAAAACGACUCUCAAGCGCAGGAAAACGACGACAUGAUUGAUGACGGCGAAACAUGGGAAGGAGAUUUGGAAGUGGAGGAUGAGGAAGUAAAAGAAGAACUUCAAUACAACCAACAAACAGGUGGAUAUGAUGACAACAUGGAGGACGACGACGAUGAGUUUGUGGAUUUUGAGAGCGAAAGUGGCGAGUCGUCUUACCACGAUGCGAUCCAAAACCCUGUGUCUCACGAGGACCGUGAAGACGCAUUCGACUACGAGCACUUCUUCCUCCAUUCAGCAAUGGGGUCAAUGAGUCAGCGUAGACGCGGAAGCUGGAGCAGUGUGAGUUCGGACGAUUCUGUUGAGACAACUCGUGGGCCCGUUGUCACUCCGGCUCCUGGCACUGACUCUGAUUCCGACCACGAACGGAGGCCAAGUGUUGAGUCCAUGGCAUCCUUUAAUUCUUUUACCACAGCUACCGAGGGUCGCUCAAGCCGUACCUCGAACUUCGAUCAUGUAAUUGAGACUGCUGUGGACCUUCAAGGGGGUAUGAGAGGACCUUCAAGUGCGAAGCGAGCAUCGUUUGGAGGGUUUAAGUUCCCUCAGAGCAGAGCUGCUUCAAGGAACGGUUCCGUCGAUAUCCAGCAGCAACAGCAACAGCCCCGACGUGGCACGAUAGUUCAUCGCCCUGCCAGCAGUGCAGCUAGUUACGCACGCCAUCGCCCUUCUAUGCCGUCGUUCGGAUCCACAGGAACCAACCGAAGCUUUCCCCUUGUGGACAAAUCCAAGACGGCCAAUGGGAUUCUGACCCCCAACAGUAGCACUCCUGGAGGAUCCCCUGACUCGGAGCUCAAGCAGAUCUCUGCAAGUCUCUUGAACGAAGCAGCGACCUUGGGCGGCAUCGAGACUGGACACAUAGACGGCAAUGCGUCUCCUAUGCAAGGAAUUGACAAGGAAAGUCAAAUACUGGUAGAGAGGCUUGUUGCCAGUCUCGGCAAGUGCGUGCUCGGGCUGACAGAAUCAUCGAGGGCCGGAUCAGAGGCACGCAUGUAUCGCAGGAGGAUCGAUGCUGCGCGACGCGUACUCGAAGGUCUUGAUGAGUGA